AUGCCAUAUAGGACCAUUGCGGCCACACCAGAGAACCGACGAGCCUUUGUCCAGCAUUUCAGGAAGCAGCUGAGCCAAGUCACCCGAGAUGUCAGCGUCAUUGCGCUCACCGCACAGGAUUUCCAUGACAUGGUUGUGAUGCUGUGUCCAGACUUCCCACUUGAUUUGAUUAUCGAUGCCGCCGACUUCGUGCCUCCCGCGGACACGCAGAGCCAUCGCUUCCUCGGUCAGAGGUCCCCCGUAGCUUCGGUGCGAGGUGAUGAUGCGGAUCCGAGUCCUGACAGCGCAGAUCUUGUCUUGUUCCCCAUGAUCAAGUUGCAACGCAUGGUGGAGUUCCGUUUCGUCUAUCCCGAGGUGUUCCGGUCGGUGAAGGACCUCUACAAAAGACAAGGCCAAAGCGCCUUUGCCUUGGACGCGGCGGUGAGCCGCAUCACGCUUGUGAGACACUUGAGGGACGUCCUGUUUGGCACCGUGGGCACUGUGCAGAUCGCACUGCGAGGCGCAGCGCUGCCGAGUGAAGGUGCCCUGCAGAAACUUCUUCAGGGCAAGCGGGGUCUCCUCGAGGGUUUCUCCGAGGAGCUCUCGCUGUCGGAGGCAAUGCGGGACAUGGCAGCUUCGUUUGAGCUGAUCCCGUCAUCUAUCCCUGCUCAGCUUUUGCUGAAGGCCACCGUGCCCGGGGCGAAGAGGGAGCCAGCAAAGGAGGAAGAGGGUACAGCUGCUGCAGCGGCUGAGGAUGCUGCAGACAGGGAGGCGGCAGAGGUGCUGAGUGCCCCACCUGCCGCGGAGGCAGCGCCGUCCUUUGCUCAGGGUGCUGCUCGGACGUCACUGCGAUUGGCGGAGAGGCGUCGAAUCGAAAGAACGGCGAGUGGCAGCCUGCUUCGCUCACGGGCAGGCAAAGUGUGA